AUGCCAUCGCAGUUCAUACUGUUGAUACUCGCCGUCUUGGCGAUUGUCAGCACAGCAAGAAGCGACAAAAAGUCCUUACAGCCGCCACAACAAGACUAUUAUCGCAUAUGCCCGCUUCCAAGAUGCGAACGAUGUCCAACUAUUGAAGAACUGCAAGCUCCAGGCAUCGGAUUUGCCCUCGAAAUGGGCCACGGGACUGCCGUCGUUAGGCAUCACAAUGGCACAUACCAGUCGAUAGCCCUGAUAAAAGGCGACUCCGCAUACAAAGAGGUCAUGUAUCGUUUCGUGACCGAUCCCAAACCUCGCACGCCGACUGAAUAUACCAACACAUGGUCAGAAACAUGGGCUUUGUUCUGGUGGCUUCUAAAGCGGCACAUCAAUAAGCUUGUUGGUCUUCCGGCGACUCCAGACACUGCAAUACUUGCUUCCAUGCUAUCAGCACUGCGAGAAGCCACUGAAGCCUCGGUUGAUGGCAAGUACCCCAUCAACAGUGGGAUACUAAGUGUCCCAGACCACUUGAAGUUUGCAGAAGCGGAGACGAAUGACAUAUUCGACUACUUGAAACUCGAAAACCUCAUGAUGAGAAGCCCCUCCGUAUUCGAGAAAGCUCACCUUCCCGCAGCGUCAGCCGCAUAUCGAGGAUAUGGAAAAGGUCUUUGUAAGAACUAUCUCGAUUCAUACAGAUGCGAGGAAGAAGAGUGGUAUUUUCCCUCGAAGAAUAUCUUACAUGUGGAUUUGGGAAUCGAGAGUUUCAGUGGGACGAUCAUAGAUUUCAAAGACGGCCAGUCGACCAUCACUGUUGAAGGAUCGUUCGUGGAUUUAAAUUUGGGAUAUCAAGAGGAGAAAGCAGAUGAGAUUUACUGGAAAGCCAUCGGCGAGAGGAUCCGCGAAAUGGUCUCAUCGACCAAGAGGAGGAUAGAUAUUGAUGAGCUUGUACUCUCUGGGCCUUCAGCUAAUACAUCAGGACUCAGAGUCGCGCUGAGGGAAGCGCUACAUGAUAUGGUAGAAGAGGAAGUCCUUUUUUCGCUGAAUGAAGUUGACGACGCCACUCUUGCUGAUGGACAUUGGACAAACACAUACACCUUUGCAACAGCUCGCGGAGCGGCAGAGAUUGCGAAGCGUAGACAAGAAGGGCCUGUGAAUUGCAUGCAAACCGAUGAAUGCAAAGAGUUGAGGCGACAGGUUCAUGAUGGAACUUUGCCAAAGGAGAGAAUGACAAGAUACGGUGACAGACAGGGACUAUAA